AUGUACUUCGACGGCUCCAGUACCGAGGCUAGAUCUGGGGCCAGAGUCGUGAUCGAGUCCCCUCAAGGGCAAAGGUGGCAAUUUGCGUUCCAGCUUGAUUUCAAAUGCACCAAUAAUCAGGCCGAAUACGAAGCGCUCAUCAUCGGUCUCGAAAUUCUGAAAGAAAUGAAGGCGACCCGUGUCUUGGUCUAUGGUGAUUCUCAGCUGGUAAUUCAUCAACUGACCGGGGAAUACCAGUGCACGAGCGAGAAUCUUACUAUGUAUUAUGUAACGGCCCUCAAUACGGUCGACGGGUUUUCUAGGAUCUCCUUUGUUCACGUACCGGGCGCCGGAAACAAUGAGGCCAAUGAGAUGGCCCAGGUGGCGUCAGGCAUGAAUAUUCCGGACGGUGAUCCCGAUCGUAUAAUAAGAAUCGAGAGGCGUACUUUGCCGGCUUUGGCCGAACGGGGAAUGACAACACAAGUGUCAUCGGCCGAGAUCACCGACGAAAUCAGCACGGCCGAAGCCGACUGGCGCUACCCCAUAGUGAACUAUUUGCGCAACCCCUCCGACAGCCAUGAGAGGACUACACGUUUCCGGGCCCGGUGUUAUUUGAUCUAUCAAAACGAGCUGUAUCGAAAAGGAUCGGACGGCUUAUUGCUCCUAUGUCCCAGCGCCAAGGACAUCACGGUCAUCAUGACCGAAUCUCACGAAGGGAUUUGCGGUGCUCACCAGUCUGGCGUCAAGAUGAGGUGGUUGGUUCGGAGGCACGGCUAUUAUUGGCCGACCAUUUUGAAGGACUGCAUAGAAUAUGAGAAGAGGUGUAUCAAGUGUCAAAUCUACGGCCCUAUACAAAGGGUACUGGCCGAAGCCCUCCACCCGGUCACUAAACCAUGGCCGUUCAGAGGGUGGGCCGUGGAUAUCAUCGGCAAAAUCUAUCCGGCCGCGUCCAACCAACACGCAUGGAUUUUGGUGGCGACCGACUAUUUUACUAAAUGGGUCGAGGCGGAGUCCUAUCGGUCAAUUUCUACCACACAGGUGGUCAAAUUCUUCGAGAAUCACAUCAUUCACAGAUUCGGUAUACCUGAGACUAUCACAGCCGAUAACGGCCCAGUUUUCGCAUCGGCCGAAACUCGGGAGUACACCGAAAGGAUGGGGAUCAAGUUGGUUCACUCAACACCUUACUACCCCCAGUCUAACGGACAGGCCGAGGUGAGUAAUAAG